AUGGGGAGUUCCAAUGGCCACUGCUCCAUUUCCUUGGCCGUCCUCUUCGUCUUUGUUGUCACCGGCGACGCUAAUCUAGGGUCGUGUGGCUGCUUCAAGCGUAUCUUCUCCUUUGGCGACUCCAUCAUUGACACCGGCAAUUUCGCAUACACCAUCCGCAACAGAUCACCGAGUCCACCCUCGGUGCUUCCUUAUGGAGAGACCUACUUCCACCACCCCACGGGCAGGGGCGGACCCAGAAUAAAAACUGACUGGGGGAAUUCAUCAAUAAGAAAACUUACAAAGGCUUAUAAACCUCACAAUAUGUUAUACACAAAUGCUCUCUCUGAUCCAUAUUAUUUGUCAGCGCAAGCGUUGGGCCUGCCGCUGCUGCCGCCGAGCUUGCCCGAGGAGAAGACGGGGCAGUUCCCCACUGGUGCCAACUUUGCCGUGUUCGGCGCUAUGGCGCUGAACCCGAACUACUUCAAGUCCAGGUAUAACUUGAGUGUACCGUUUCCAUGGAGCCUCCACGAUCAGCUCGCUACUUUCAACAAAGUGCUCACACGGAUUGCUCCAGGAGAUGCUGCAACAAAGAGGCUCCUGAGCGAGUCCCUGGUCGUCUUUGGUGAGAUUGGGGGCAAUGACUACAACUUUUGGUUCUUUGACUCUGAGCUCAGCAAGGACAGAAACACGCCCCUCCAGUAUAUGCCCGAUAUUAUCGACCGCAUCGGAGCCGGCGUGCAGAAGGUGAUCAACCUCGGCGCCAAGACGAUCCUUGUCCCGGGGAACUUCCCCAUCGGGUGCGUGCCGGUCUACCUUAGUACUCACAAGAGCAAUACAUCUGCCGACUACGACCAGUUCGGCUGCCUCGCGUGGUUCAACGCGUUCUCUCGGAGGCACAACCAGCUGUUGAAGCAGGAGAUCGGCCGGCUCAAGUCCCGGAACCCCAGCGUGAAGAUCAUCUACGCAGACUACUACGGCGCCUUCAUGGAGUUCGUCAAGAAUCCCAACAGGAAUGGCAUUGACAGCCCUCUCGUGGCAUGCUGUGGUGGCAACGGGCCCUACGGCACCGGCCUUCCGUGCGACUGGAACGCGAAGGUUUGCCGCGACCCAUCCAGGUUCGCCAACUGGGACCAGGUUCACAUGACGGAAAAGGCAUACAGUGUCAUCGCCAAUGGGGUGCUCAAUGGCCCGUAUGCGGACAUCCCUUUGCUCCACGCAUGCUAG